AUAAAACUAUCAAGAGCUGACCCCGGAUGAGUCGGCAGAUAUGGGAACUUUCCUAUUGAGAUGAUUAUCUGUAGUUGGUGGACUUUCUUGAAAUUGCCUGAAUUUCCUGACACAGCUCGGAGCUCAUAUCCCAGAUGCUGCCGCCACGGUAAAAUGGCAAUGAUUUCGGGGUUCGUCUUUCUGUCCAUGCUCCAAGCUGCAUUGCCUCAACAUGUACCAUCUCGUGGACGAGGUGAUAGUCCAGAAGCAACUCCACCUCCGCUUCCACCUUGGCCCACACCAAGACCUGAAGGUUGUGAGAGGAUUAUCAACUGUCCCAUCAAGCUGUUUUUCACCAUUGAUACCUCAGAGACCAUUGCCCUGCAGGAAUCUCCUCCUGGCAGCUUGGUGGACAGCAUCAAGGAAUUCUCAAAAAAUUUUGCGCAGAGGCUCUCUGACGAGGAGUACAAAGGCCAGAUCCAGAUCACUUGGUCCUUUGGAGGUCUGCACUUCUCCCAGAAGCAGCUGGUUUUCAGCCAGUUCACAACUAGAGAGAACUUCAUCAGGAAUCUUGGUCAGAUCAGAUACCUGGGCAAAGGCACUUACAUUGACUGUGCCCUCAAAAACAUGACCUACCAGAUGACACGUCACUAUGCAGAUACAGAGGCUGUCCUCUUCUCUGUGGUUAUCACUGACGGUCACGUGACAGGGAAUCCAUGCGCAGGGAUCAAGCUGAUGGCAGACAAAGCUCGGGAACAAGGAAUUCAUGUUUUCUCAGUGGCAGCAUCCAGUAAUGUCGAUGAAUUGGGAAUGCAGGAGAUAGCCAGCUCUCCCACUGAGCUGUACCGUGACAACUACAUAGUCAUGGAGAUCAUUGACGGGAAAGUGAGACUAAGCACGGAAUCCAUUGAUCGCAUCAUAAAAGUCAUGAAAUAUCAAGCCUAUUUACAGUGUUAUAAACCGACAUGUUAUGAAAGUCCUGGGAUCCCUGGACGAAACGGGCCUCCAGGGCCAAAAGGUGCAAAAGGAGAGAGAGGCAUGACCGGGCCACAAGGUGAAAAGGGUAGCCUGGGUGAUCCUGGGAUUGAAGGUCCAAUUGGAAGACCUGGCCUAAAGGGUGAAACUGGCCAUAAAGGUGAUAAGGGCGAAGUUGGAUUAAGUGGAGCAAAGGGUGUGGCAGGUGUGCCUGGUAAAAACGGAACAGACGGGCAAAAGGGUAAAACUGGUCGAAUUGGUACUCCAGGCUGCAAAGGAGAGCCAGGUGACAAAGGACCUGAUGGUUACCCAGGAGAAGUUGGGGAAUCCGGGCUACCUGGUGACAAAGGAGUAAAGGGUGACCCAGGUUAUCCUGGGAAGCCUGGCCCACCUGGGCCAGUGGGUGAUCUUGGACGAAAGGGUGAAAGAGGAAAUUCUGGAAAUCCAGGGCUACCAGGAGAAAAGGGGGUUCCAGGACCUAAUGGCAGAUCUGGACCAAAAGGCGAUCUGGGAAGGAGGGGGGACCCUGGAAUAAAAGGGGCACAAGGACCUGAUGGGCGAAAGGGGACAAAGGGAGAGCAAGGGCCAGAGGGAGCCAGAGGUCACUCUGGGGAAGAUGGAUUCAAGGGCGCUAAGGGAGACCAGGGGUUACCAGGACCGAGGGGUCAGCCAGGCGAACCAGGGAGCCCUGGAGGAAAUGGCACUAUAGGAAAUCCUGGUGAUCCUGGACCAAGAGGAGACUCUGGGCCGCGUGGUCUGCAGGGGGACAAAGGAAGAUCAGGAUUCAGCUAUCCAGGACCAAGAGGGCGCACAGGAGACACAGGUGAACCAGGCAGGAGAGGACCCACAGGGGCCAGAGGUCAAUGUGGUGCCAGAGGAGAUCCUGGAGAUAAAGGACCGCCAGGGGAAUCUGGGGAACCAGGCCAGCCGGGAGAGCCAGGAGAGAGAGGACCCCGGGGAAAGCCUGGAGCUGAUGGGGGUCCAGGAUCGGUAGGCGAUCCAGGGCUCACUGACUGCGAUGUCAUGACCUAUAUAAGGGAGACAUGUGGUUGUUGUGACUGUGAGAAACACUGUGGAGCUUUGGACAUUGUUUUUGUAAUCGAUAGUUCAGAAAGUGUUGGGCUGACAAACUUCACCCUGGAAAAGAACUUUGUUAUCAGCACCAUCAGCAAGCUGGGAUCUAUGGCCUCUGAUCCUGCGUCAUCAACUGGCACACGGGUUGGAGUUGUACAGUUCAGUCACAACGGGACGUUUGAAGCUAUUCAUCUUGACGAUCCUACAAUAAACUCCAUGUCUGCCUUUAAAACAGCUGUGAAGAAUCUACAGUGGAUAGCUGGGGGCACCUUUACACCUUCAGCUCUCAAGUUUGCCUAUGAUAACCUCAUUAGGGACAGCAAGAGAGCUCGCGCUAAGGUAUCCGUCGUCGUGGUCACAGAUGGCCGCUUUGACCCUCGUGAUCACGACUAUCAGCUCAGGUACCUUUGCAACGACCCCGCUGUGGUGGUGAACGCCAUCGGCAUUGGUGAUAUGUUUGACAAGACACAUGAUAGUGAGACUCUUGUGUCAAUAGCGUGCCAGAAUAAGAACCGAAUCACUGAGAUGAAGCAAUACUCCGACUUGGUGGCUGAGAACUUCAUAGAGAAGAUGGAAACUGUGCUCUGUCCUGAUCCAGUGAUUAAGUGCCCAGAUCUCCCCUGUCAAAGUGAACCAGAUAUAGCUCCAUGUGUUGGGCGACCAGUGGAUUUGGUUUUUCUACUAGAUGGCUCAGAGCGCUUGGGGAUGGAGAACUUUCGAUAUGUGAGUGAAUUUGUGCAGAAGGUGGCAGAUAGACUGGUUAUGGCCAGGACCAGGAAUGAUCGAAUGCGAGCCCGUCUGGCACUGACAGAGUUUGGCAAGGAGAAUGAGAGUCAUGUGGCCUUCCCUCUGACCCAUGAUUCUGCUAUUGUUGCUAAUGGUAUAUCACGCUUGCCCUACUUGGAUUCAUCAUCAGCUGUUGGGCCUGCCAUCAUCCACACUAUCAACAGUAUCUUAGGUAAAGGAAGUACUCGCAAGACAAGACGUGGUGCCGAGGUUUCAUUUGUUUUCAUCACAGAUGGCGUCACUAACAGCAGUAGCCUGGAUGAAGCUGUUAGCGCAAUGCGAAGGGAACAGAUAGUCUCUACAGUGAUUGCCACAGGAAGUGAUGUUGACCAAGACGUCCUCACAAAGCUGGCUAUGAAUGAUCAGAAUGCAAUCUUCAAAGGGCAAACAUUUUCUGAUCUGAUACGAUCUAGUUUGUUUGACCGUUUCAUCCGGUGGGUGUGUUAAACAGAGACCAUGCUCAUGUGAGCAACACAAUGGUGCUACAGCUGCUAAGUUAGCAUUUUAGUGGUUGAUUUUAGUUCAUUUUAACCUGGUGUAACAUCAUGUUCCCAUUAAUGAUUUUUGUGGCUCUGUGGUUGUAUCAGCUAGCAGCUCUUCACCUCUGUUGUAAAGAUUUGGGGGAAACAAGGAGUGGCACAAAGUAAUUGAUUUGAAAUAAUUUCAUUUUUAAGUUUGAAAUAUAUAUGAGAGACAGAAAUCAUCUUUUCGCAACAACUAAUUGGCUAACUGCAGGAGAAGGAGUCACAGUCUUGGGCAUCAUUUUGGCUUAUUUAGUUGUUUUCCUGAGGUCAUUUUGUUUUUGUAUCAACAGGCAUAUUAAAAUGACUCUAAAUUACCUUUAAAGUGCUCAGUUAGAUAAUCCAUCUGUACUGAGUUCCCGGAAUAUGCUUGUAAUUAGGACAACUAUUUUGAGAUUUCCACAGCUAGCAAAACAAGCCAAAACUAAUUUCUGUUUUUAAAUCUUACCUAACACAAGCUAAGAAAUUAUGUCCUACAGCUAAGCAACGUCUCCACAAUUUAGCUAAAAUCAAUGACUUGAGCACUGAGUAUUAGCUACCUUGGUUGUUUUUAAAAUCAAAUAAAACAUAUUUAUGUAUUCUUGCAGGUUGUGAACCCAAAACUAUGCAUUGGCAAAACAAAGUGGGACCGGUUCAAUCUUUUAGGAAUACAUAUUACAAAACUGCAGCAUUAAAUUGUGCCAAGAUUGUAAAACAGUCCUUAGGGAUCGAAGAAGGUCCCUAACAAGGUUUUACACACAGUAUCAGGCAGUUCAGAUUAACUUCUUCCUUUGAGGGUAAGCUCAGUUUAGCAGACUGUCAGACUGUUGACAUAUAAACAAAUGAAGCAAUAACAUCCUAAGCAGUAGUUCUCAAAAGAAAAAGGCCUCUUAAUGAUUAACACAAAAAUCAAGUUUAUCAGAUAACUGCACUAUAUUUUAUUUGUGAAAAAUGACACAUUUCCCUAAAAUCUCUGCUUCAAAGGUACAAAGUUAACGUUACCCAUGGAACCACAAGAGCCACGUUAAUGAGAACAAAACACCAUGUUGAAAUUUAUUGCAAUUACCUUUUAAAAGUGAGAUUGACUUAGUACGACUGUUAUGCACUGUACAAUAUGCAUAUAACGUCACAGCAUUUUUUUCCAUCAUAUUUUGUCAAAAAACAUUAUUUUGUUACACAUUCGUCACUGUAAUCAUUUAGCUUUAAUAAUACCAUAAUAAAGCUGCAGUUUGCUGGA